AUGGUUAAAAAUACUACUUGUGAUAGAUGCGGUCUAAAUCUUUCCACUUAUCAGAAAUAUCAACAACAUUUAAAUCGGAAAAAUCCUUGCCGACCUAAGAAUUUUACUCAAGCUCCAAUAGGAAAUCCAGCUAUAGCCCCAGUAGAAAAUCCAGUAUCGACCCCGGAAGGUGAUCUCAUAUCAUUUGAUGAAAAUCCACCAACGCACCAGCCAAGAGAGGCAAGAGAACUGGCUGUCGACCUUUUAACUGGAGAUAUUCCGAAUACAGAAGCUGAGUCAGCUCCUAAUACCUAUAUAGACCAAAAAAAGAGUCCAUUUUUGACAAUAGAUGAAAUAAUAAAAUGGGUAUCAAAACCGGAAAUAAAAAAUAACAAAAAAAUUAGAUCGAAACCAAUUCCUAAAACUGAUGAAGAAUGGUAUUAUUUAAUGGAAACAGAUGAAGAUAAAGAUACAGUAGUGAACCUAUUGAAUCAGAAUAUGAUACAGCAGAUGAAGAUCCAGAUAAUAUCGGAAGCAGAAAAAUUUAAUGAAGGUGAAGUAUGUGAUUAUUACGCAUUUGUUCCCAAAGGAUAUUUUGCUGAAGGUGAGCCAUUAGCUUUCUUUGAAACAAUCGAGGAAAAAAUUGCUAAUGUAUAUAAAAGAGAAUUAGGUUCAAAAGGAGGAUUAAAGCAUGAAACUAUAGAAAUUAUUAGAGAAGAUCGAAUUAACGCAACUAUAGAAAAAGGAUAUAACGAAAUUAUAGACCAGAUUGAGGAUGAAGCAAUACAAGAAUCAGGAUGGUCAUUUGUUCGAGCAGAAGAAGUAUUUCUCGAGAUAAGUGCAUUCAGGCCACUACGUGGUAGUAACUAUUUACCUUUACCAGAAGCUUUGGAUAAACCUCAACUAGGAUUAAUUAAUCCGCAAAAUAAUGAUGAUAACGAGUGUUUUAAAUGGUGUAUAAGUGCAUAUCAUACAAGAGAGGAAGCAUUAAAAGCUAAUAGGAAGCCACCCCAUCUUAAUGAAAUUCGAAGACUUAGGCGAAAUGCGAAUAUUGCUAAUUUUAAUAAUAUAAAUUUUCCUGCCACACUACAUGAUAUAGAUAAAUUCGAAGAAAACAACCCUAAUUAUGCUAUAAAUAUAUUUAGGCCGGUGUAUAAAGAAGUGUUCGGAAAAAUAAAAGUAGAUAUAGAUCCAUUACAUAUCUCUGAAAGAAAUUAUCAAGUCGAACAUAUGAUAGAUUUAUUAUAUUUAACAGAAGGUGAAGAGAAUUUAAAUGAUCGAAAAAAUACAAAUGAUAUACCAGAAGGAUUAAAAACACAUUAUGUAUUUAUAACAGAUUUCAGCCGAUUAAUGCAUAAGUGGAAUAACCAUCAUGGUAAAAAAUAUUUCUGUCGAAAAUGCUUGCGAUUUCCAUAUAGUAGAUUAGAUCUAUUACAAGAACAUAUUCUUACAUGCCCAGGUCCAAGUAAAGCCUCACAACGUUUAAUUCUUCCAGAAGAAGAAGCAAAAGAAAUCGAAGCAGAGGAAAAAGAUAAAGAAGGAAACACUAUAAAAGAAGCAGAACAGAUAGCAGUUUCAUAUGGAUAUACUAUUCAUUGUUCAGAUGGAACAACGCAAAAACCUGUGAUUAAUCGAGAAUCCGAAAAUAUAAUAAAAGACUUAAUGAAAAACCUUCAAGAAGAUCUAGAUAUUAUUUUAGAUAAGCUUCGUAAAAUAGUUCCAUGUGAAAAAAUGACUCCUGAAUUAUGGCGAAAAUAUCAAACGGCAAAUAAGUGCUGGAUAUGUGAAGAAAAAUUACACGAAUCAGGAUACAAUAAAAUUCGGGUAUUCGAUCCAGAAACUAAGAAAUAUUUAGGAGCUUCACAUAGAAAAUGUCACGGAAAAAAAGAAUUGAUUCGAGGUAUACUAGAUGAUGAAGAAAAGAAAACACAUGAUGCGUGUAAAAAAUGUAUGUAUUGUAAAACAAUAUUACCAGAUGAAG